AUGGCCUCUAUACCAGCCGACAAGCUCCAGAAGCUCGACAUCUCCGACGCUGGAGGCGCCAAUGGCAAGGCUGCCUCCUCAGCGAAAGGCGCCAAAGACGAGGAUGCGGCAGAGAAAUCUGGCGGGGACUCAGACGAUGACGCCGACGAACAACAUGCGGAACCUGCACCGGGUGCCGCCAAGAAGAAGAACAAGAAGAAGAAGCCAAAGAAGAAGAAGAAGGCCGCUCCCACUGCCCAGACCGACCCCCCAAGCGUCUUGAUGUCCCAGCUCUUCCCGAACAACACCUACCCCAAGGGCGAGGAAGUCGAGUAUAAAGACGAGAACCGCUACCGCACUACCAGCGAAGAGAAGCGCCACUUGGACAACUUGAACAAUGACUUCCUGAUCGACUAUCGACACGCGGCCGAAACGCACCGUCAGGUGCGCCAGUGGGCCCAGAAGAACAUCAAGCCCGGCCAGUCGCUGCUGGAGAUUGCCGAGGGCAUCGAGAAUAGCGUACGGCGCCUGGUCGGCCACGACGGGCUGGCAGAGGGCGACGCCAAGAUCGCGGGAAUGGGCUUUCCGACCGGCCUGAACCUGGAUCACAUCGCUGCCCACUUCUGCCCGAACGCGGGAAACAAGACGAUUCUGCAGCAGAGCAAUGUCAUGAAGGUGGACAUCGGCGUCCACGUCAACGGCAGGAUCGUUGACAGCGCCUUCACCAUGGCAUUUGACCCCAUGUACGAUAACCUGUUGGCUGCCGUCAAGGACGCGACCAACACGGGAAUUAGAGAGGCGGGCAUCGACGUCCGCCUCGGCGAGCUCGGCGGAUACAUUCAAGAGGCGAUGGAGAGCUACGAAUGCGAAAUCAACGGCACCACCUACCCCAUCAAAUCGAUCCGAAACCUCAGCGGCCACACGAUCCUACCCUACAGCAUCCACGGAACCAAGAGCGUCCCCAUCGUCAAGUCCUCCGACGCCACGAAGAUGGAGGAGGGCGACGUGUUCGCCAUCGAGACCUUUGGUAGCACCGGAAACGGCUUCGUCCACGACGACGGGGAGGUCUCUCACUACGCCCUGCGCAGCGACGCGCCCAAGGUCGACUUGCGCUUGUCUUCGGCCAAGUCGCUCCUGAACGUGAUCAAGAAGAACUUUGACACCAUCCCAUUCGCGCGCCGGUACCUUGACAGGCUCGGCCAAGAGAAGUAUUUACUGGGAUUGAACAAUCUCGUCCAGACGGGAAUCGUGGAGGAUUACCCGCCCCUUCUGGAUAAGAAGGGCUCGUACACGGCCCAGUUUGAGCACACUAUUCUGCUCCGACCUACGGUGAAAGAGGUCAUUAGCCGCGGCGAGGAUUACUAGGCGAGCGGCGAGAACAUUCUACGGAUAGCAGAUAAUCCGAUGUCUAUUCCUUUCCGACGCGAUGCGGGAAGGGCAUUAAGCGGUAGCCGCAUUGUGCGCCCGUAUUUUAGGGUUAUAUAGCUCAGGCCAUCUCAUAUUUCCUAGGUUUCUACCUAGCACCCUGGUCUGAGGGGACGUGGCAUGUGAAAGCGUGAGCCGUGCGGUGAAAUAUGCGGUGUGAGGUCGCGAAGGCCGACUGGGCGCCUCCGAAGAGGAGAGUAGCCUAGACAGACAAAAGACCCCAUACUCAAGCCGGGAGCGUCGCGCCGGGAAUUCACCGCGACUUCCGACCCCGCUAGGAAGUCGGUCUAGCAUUCGUUAUGUGGCUUUUCUACGUAUGCAUAUCAUCACCGGAUAUAGGUAGGCUAGGUACGAAGCCGAACGCCGGUGUGGCGGACUGGGGCGGCGAUUGAUGACUUGCUGCACGCGCUAUUGGCGGGUGCCCGUAGGUCGGUGGCGGCAUCGGCUACGGCUUCGCUCGACGUGUACGGCGCUAACCCGGCGCACGCUACGGGGGACGGACACGGGUCCGUCAUUAGACACACC